GUGAGGCCGAGGGAGCGGGCGUCGCGCUGAGCCCCGGGCGGGGAGCAACGGCCGCGGACGCCGCGGGACCUCGUCGUUGAGGGACGGGGGCGGGCAGGGAGCGCUGGGCGCUUGGCGCUCGGGCCGGGGCCACCGGCGCCAUGGGCAACCGCGGGAUGGAAGAGCUUAUCCCUCUGGUCAACAAGCUACAGGACGCCUUCAGCUCCAUCGGUCAGAGCUGCCACCUGGACCUGCCGCAGAUUGCCGUGGUUGGCGGUCAGAGUGCGGGCAAGAGCUCGGUGCUGGAGAACUUCGUGGGCCGGGACUUCCUUCCCCGAGGGUCAGGAAUCGUCACCCGGCGGCCUCUCAUUCUGCAGCUCAUCUUCUCAAAAACAGAAUAUGCCGAGUUUUUGCACUGCAAGUCCAAAAAGUUUACAGACUUUGAAGAAGUACGACAGGAGAUUGAAGCAGAGACUGACAGGGUCACGGGGACCAACAAAGGCAUCUCCCCAGUGCCCAUCAACUUGCGGGUCUACUCGCCUCACGUGUUGAACCUGACCCUCAUUGACCUCCCGGGCAUCACCAAGGUUCCAGUAGGAGACCAGCCCCCAGACAUCGAGUACCAGAUCAAGGAAAUGAUUUUGCAGUUCAUCAGCCGAGAGAGCACCCUCAUCCUCGCUGUCACCCCUGCCAACAUGGACUUGGCCAACUCGGAUGCCCUCAAGCUGGCCAAGGAGGUUGACCCCCAAGGCCUGCGGACCAUUGGUGUCAUCACGAAACUCGACCUGAUGGACGAGGGCACCGAUGCCAGGGAUGUCCUGGAGAACAAGCUGCUCCCCUUGAGAAGAGGCUACAUUGGUGUGGUGAACCGCAGCCAGAAGGACAUCGAGGGCAAGAAAGACAUUCGUGCAGCAUUGGCAGCUGAGAGGAAGUUCUUUCUCUCCCACCCAGCCUACCGGCACAUGGCUGAUCGCAUGGGCACCCCGCACCUGCAGAAGUCUCUGAAUCAGCAACUGACCAACCACAUCCGGGAGUCACUGCCAACCUUGCGCAGCAAGCUGCAGAGCCAGCUGUUAUCCCUGGAGAAGGAAGUGGAGGAAUAUAAGAACUUCCGGCCCGAUGACCCCACACGUAAAACCAAAGCCCUGCUGCAGAUGGUCCAACAGUUUGGGGUGGACUUUGAAAAGAGGAUUGAGGGCUCUGGAGACCAAGUGGACACGCUGGAGCUCUCUGGCGGCGCACGAAUUAAUCGCAUCUUCCAUGAGCGGUUUCCCUUCGAGCUGGUGAAGAUGGAGUUCGAUGAGAAGGACCUACGACGGGAGAUUAGCUACGCCAUAAAGAACAUUCAUGGAGUCAGGACUGGGCUCUUCACCCCGGACCUGGCAUUCGAGGCCAUUGUGAAAAAGCAGGUCGUCAAGCUGAAAGAGCCCUGUCUGAAAUGUGUCGACCUGGUUAUCCAGGAGCUAAUCAAUACAGUUAGGCAGUGUACCAGUAAGCUCAGCUCCUACCCCCGGUUGAGAGAGGAGACAGAGCGAAUUGUCACCUCUUACAUCCGCGAACGGGAGGGGAGAACCAAGGACCAGAUUCUUCUUCUCAUCGACAUUGAGCAGUCCUACAUCAACACAAACCACGAGGACUUCAUUGGAUUUGCCAACUGUUACUAUACUGAGCAGCUGGUGACCUGCGCUCAGCAGAGGAGCACUCAGCUGAACAAGAAGAGAGCCAUUCCUAACCAGGGGGAGAUCUUGGUGAUCCGCAGAGGCUGGCUAACCAUCAACAACAUCAGCCUGAUGAAGGGCGGCUCCAAGGAGUACUGGUUUGUGCUGACAGCCGAGUCUCUCUCCUGGUACAAGGAUGAGGAGGAGAAAGAGAAGAAGUACAUGCUGCCUUUGGAUAACCUCAAAAUCCGUGACGUGGAAAAGGGCUUCAUGUCCAACAAGCAUGUCUUCGCCAUCUUCAACACGGAGCAGAGGAACGUCUACAAGGACCUGCGGCAGAUCGAGCUGGCCUGUGACUCUCAGGAGGAUGUGGACAGCUGGAAGGCCUCAUUCCUCCGAGCCGGUGUCUACCCUGAGAAGGACCAGGCAGAAAAUGAGGAUGGAAUUCAGGAGAACACCUUCUCCAUGGACCCGCAGCUGGAGCGCCAGGUGGAGACCAUUCGCAACCUGGUGGACUCCUACGUGGCUAUCAUCAACAAGUCCAUCCGCGACCUCAUGCCAAAGACCAUCAUGCACCUCAUGAUCAACAACACGAAGGCCUUCAUCCACCACGAGCUGCUGGCCUACUUAUACUCAUCGGCAGACCAGACCAGCCUCAUGGAAGAGUCAGCUGACCAGGCCCAGAGGAGGGAUGACAUGCUGCGCAUGUACCACGCACUCAAGGAGGCGCUCAACAUAAUCGGGGACAUCAGCACCAGCACCGUGUCUACGCCCGUGCCCCCACCUGUUGAUGACACCUGGCUCCAGAGCACCAACAGCCACAGCCCCACUCCACAGCGCCGACCCUUAUCCAGCGUGCACCCCCCAAGCCGGCCCCCAGCAGUGAGGGGUUCCACCCCAGGGCCUCCCCUGAUACCUGUGCCGGUGGGGGCAGCAGCCUCCUUCUCAGCGCCUCCCAUCCCGUCCCGGCCUGGACCCCAGAGUGUGUUUGCCAAUAACGACCCCUUCUCGGCCCCGCCCCAGAUCCCAUCUCGGCCUGCUCGGAUUCCACCCGGCAUUCCCCCUGGAGUACCCAGCAGAAGACCCCCGGCUGCGCCCAGCCGGCCCACCAUUAUCCGCCCAGCCGAGCCGUCCCUGCUCGACUAGGCUGCAGGGGCUUUUCUUGGGGGUUUCUUGUGCACCCUUGGUGCAGGAGCUUCAGUGGUCUGGGCCCCUCUGCCGUCCCUGGCCCUCUUGUCCCUGCACCAGGACCAGGCUCCCCAACUCUUUCCUAACCCUGGUCCAGUCAGGGGCUGGCCUGGCCCCCAUCCCCAUCUGGACAUAGCACUGAAUGAAGGGGCCCUGGAGCCCUUGUGUGGGAGGACCUUAGGUGUUGCACUUUGGGGGAUGAGGUGUUGGGUAGCAGAAGGAACUGGAUCCUGAGCACCAUCUGUGGUGAGGUAUCCCAGCUAGUUUGGGGUGGACUUACCCAGGGGCUUCUCUGGCCUAGAAAGCCUGAGCAGACCAGGCCUUCUAGAAACUGGGCACCAAGGAGACCUGUACCCCUGGUCCUUAUUGGGGUACAAGUGAUGUAGACACUUCUCAGCAGCAGGAGCUCCUGGUGGUAAGCCAGGAGUGGGUCCAGUGCUGCCUGCCCCGCCCAAGUUGUACAUACUCCUUUCUUGGCCGUACUAACCACACGGCCCAGCCUUGGCUGCCACAGGUGCCUUUGCCAGGUCCAGAACCCUCAGCUCUGCAGGCCUCACUCUCUCUUUUCCUUCAGCCCUCUUCUCUCAUGGGUCCCCAGAGUGGCCGGGCUCAGGGCUGAAUGGGUAAGGAGACUGGGGGCCCCUUGGCUCCCACCCAGGCCUCCCACACGGGGUGGACCCAGGUGGCUGCUCUCCGAGCAGACCUUGCUCACUGCUCGCUCGUUUUGACCACUGUAAGUGCCUGCACUCUGUAUCCUAUUAAUAAACUAAAAUAAAGGGAAGACGCUUCUA